ACUACCUCAGAAUAACCCCCCAUAUCUACACUUUCUUUAUUCAUUCAAUUUCCACACAAUUUAUGGAUUCCUUCCUUAAAAAUGCUCCUUUUUUUCUCUUAAUAUUUUUUCCUGCAUUGAUAUAUUGCUUAGAAGAUCCCAUUUUCCACUCCAAGGCAACCUUUUAUUAUGCUACUGAUGGCCUUGGAACACCAAAGGGUGGGUGUGGAUAUGGUGAAUAUGGAAGGACUAUCAAUGAUGGAGAUGUAGCUGUAGUUGCUGCUACAAAACUCUUCAAGGGUGGCGUUAGUUGUGGUGCAUGCUACAAGGUAAAGUGCAAGGAGGUAGAAUGCAACGGAGAAGGAGUGGUGGUGGUGGUGACAGAUUACGGCGUAUCGGACGGCGAAACAGAUUUUAUACUAAGCACUCAUGCAUUCAACAAAAUGGCUACGGAAGGUGCAGAGAAGCAAUUGAGAGAUUAUGGGAAAGUUCAAAUACAAUACCAAAGAACCUCUUGUCAAUAUCCCGGUAAAACACUAACAGUUCAGGUUGUUGAACAUAGUCAUUAUCCUUCCUAUUUGGCUUUCCGGUUUUUGUACCUGGCUGGUAAUGCUGAUAUCACUGCUGUUGAAUUGUUUGAGGAAGAAAGCCUAGGAUGGAGGACAUGCAGGAGAGCAUAUGGAGCAGUUUGGGACAUGAUAAAUCCACCAAAGGGUCCUUUAACAGUGAGGUUCUUCUUAGAUGGAAGUUCUGCUUACAAAGUUAGAGCUCGAUGGGUUUUGCUGCCUAAUCUUAUCCCUGCUUCCUGGCUCCCUGGAUCUGCUUAUGAUACUUCCAUUCAACUCCAUUAAUUAAUUAAUUAAUUAUGUACUCAAUUAAUUUAUUAAUUAAUUAAUAUUAUGUACUCUAUCAAUUUGUUGGAUCUCUCUAAUUAAUUAAUUAAUUAAUUAUGAUCAAUGAAGCAUUAUAUAUUUUGU